UCUCAGUGUCUGACUUUUAGAGGAAAUAGAGCUUCUCACGUGUGUCACAUAGACAGAAUCAGACUUGCACUCAGAACCUCUCAAAUUAUAAGGAAUCAAUCGGCGCCUUAAUGUUGGAUUUUUUUACUUUUAUUACAAGAUAACGCGUGCUGGAUGCAUUUUAGGUCCACUGGAAAAGGACUUGAGGUUUCCCCUUUAUCAACCUGACACUGCAGUAAAAGAAGCUCUACUCCUGGACCGGACCUCACCUGGUGUAAGGAUGAGUUUUCAAAGAACGCGACUUUUCUGUGUUUUAUUUUGGUAAUUUUUCACUGCUGGAUGUUUUUUUGGUUUUUUUUUGGUGGAAACUUUUCUGGACCACACCUGAUUUUUUUUGGAGCUGUCUGCUGGAUCUGCAGAGUUAAGUUUCUCUAAAGGAAGGUUGAUUUCAGUUUAUUUUUGAAUUGGAAGAGAGACAGUUUGCUUGCAGGUCAGUGCGCGGUGCUCCAAUAGCAGCAUGGAGAUUGUAUUUUGGACGUUUUCUCUUCUGGCUCUUCCACUGCUUCAGUCUGCCAAGAUCCUGACUGUCUGUCUGAUUGGAGGAAGCCAUUACUUGUUACUGGAUGAAAUUUCUCAUAGCUUACACCAACAUGGCCACGAGGUCCGCAUGCUCUUGCAACUGGGCAACCCGGUUAUUACAGGUCUUUCCUACGCAGGUCGGGCCGACAGCUACAAGAGAAGCAGCUGGUCUGUGGGAGAAAAGUACAUCAAAGAAUACAACGCCUGGUUCCUGGAGCAACAAACACAGUUCUUACUGGGAAGGGAUGAUUUUAAUGGCUUUCUGAACUUCAUGGGACACCUGUCCUUCCAGUGUGACAAGCUGUUGGGGGACAAAGAAAUAAUAACGUCGCUUCAGAGGGAAAGCUAUGACAUGGCCAUCCUGGAUGCUUUUAACCCCUGUUCCUUCAUCGUGGCACACAAACUUGGUGUCCGCUACGUGGCUUUCUACCCCGGCAGUCUGAACGGUCCUCUGUCCAUCGCCCUCCCCAGCCCAGUCUCCUACAUUCCAGUCUUUGGCUCCCGGCUGUCCGACCACAUGAACCUCUGGGGACGUGCAAAGAACCUCUUUUAUUCUUUCUUGGCUCCUGUAGGUCAGGAAAUCGUGUGGUCGAUAUUUAAGGAAGUCACCGAGCGCCACCUAGAGUCGGGCCCUCCACCUGGUGGUCUGAGCGAGUUACAUCAAGGAGCUGAACUCUGGGCCUUCAACACUGACUUCUCACUGGAGUUCCCUCAGCCUCUCAUGCCCUACACCGUGCUGGUGGGAGGUCUGCUCAGUAAGCCGGCCAAGCCACUGGAGCAGGAUCUUGAGUCGUGGAUCUCCAGUUUUGGAGAAGCAGGUUUCGUUGUCGUGACUCUGGGGUCUAUGGUCUCUUCGGUCUCUGUGGACCCUCUGCUUGUGGAGCUGGUGGCUGGAUUCUCCAGGAUCCCUCAGGGGGUUCUCUGGAGGUAUGACUCCCAGCAUUGGCCGCUCCACAUGGACAGACCUCCCAAUCUAAGGCUAGUGGACUGGCUGCCUAUUAAUGACCUGUUGGGCCACAAAAAAGCCCGCCUCUUUAUCACACAUGGUGGACAAAACAGCCUGCUUCAGGCAGUGUACCAUGCUGUUCCUGUGCUGGGAAUCCCUCUGUUUGGAGACCAGUUUGAUAAUAUGGUGAGGGCUGAGACAAAGGGACUUGGCCUCACCAUCAACCCCACACAAAUCACCAGGGAGCAGCUCAGUGCCACCAUUCAAACACUAAUAGAGGACAUCAGGUUCAAGUCUUCGGCUUCGUCCCUCAGCAGGAUCCACAAAUCCCACCCUGUGCCUCCAGCCCUUCGACUCAUCCAGUGGGUGGAGCACAUUCUGCACAGUGGAGGUGGAACUCAUUUAAGGCCAGCUUCACUGGUGCAACCCUGGUACCAGAAGUACAUGUUGGACCUGGUGCUUGUUCUCUGUGUGGGGCUUCUCGGACCAGCGGCUCUCGGAUGGGCUUUGUGUAGGAACAAGAACAGGAGGGAUGAACACCAAAAAAUACAGUAGCAGCACACUGGAUUUCCUCAAGGACACUAAGUGUACAAAUAUCAGAACGUUUAAAAAAUGUGUUGCCUUCAAAUUGUGCAGAUACCCAAUAAACUACACGUGUUGUAGGCGA